UACAAGUCCCCACAUCGUUUUAUCUAAAAGAACGUUUGUUAGUUAUGGCUUUUUGCAGUUUAGGUGGCAAUAUAUAUAACCCACCGAAGGCGUUUUGGAAGUUGUGUGUUGCAGCCACUGCAAUUUGUUUGAGAAGCAACUUGAAACAAUUGAUGGGAAGCUGGAUCAGCUCCUUUUGACUGUCGAAAGGCAAAACACCGCGAUUAUGGAUGCGAUUGCAAGCCAGAAAGUGGUUACACAGCAAUUGGUUCGCCAAGAGACGCAAAAUGUACCUGUGGCAAAAUACUUCCCUGUAUGCGAUAUAACGGAAAUGGAGGAGCUGGAGGCAAAAAUUUCUUCUGCCAACAAGGAUGUAUAUGAAUCUGUAAUAGCAUCAAUUUUAUGUAAUAACAUGAAAAAUAUUUCACUCGUCUUAAAAACGGACGUCAUUGUAGCCUUAAACCUUGAUGGUUCACAUGGAAAAAUUGGGCUAAAAAAAUUUCCAAACUUUUAUACCGUGUUGACAGGAGCCGUUGCCAAGUUACCAUUCAAGGGAUCGACGCCGGAAGAGAUGCUUAGAAAAGCCAUCCAUUUUGAAAAGGCUAAAUAUUUUAAAAAACUUUACCGCGAAAAGAAAAAGAACAAAGAGAAUUAAGUUCUUAAAUUAUUCUUAAGUGCCAAAAGAACUGAGGAAACCUGAAAUUUUUAAGUUUUUCACUAACCCCCCUAUCAUAAAUUUUCACACGAUAGACGAUAAACGCUUGCAAGCGUAUCGUACGAAAUCAGUUCUCGUAUAAUCGUAUAAUCGUUUUCAUAUGACCGACAGACCGGCUUUUUAUUGUGAACCAGCACAAAUCAGCUACGCUAAUUAU